ACGACAUACUUCCUUUCGGGUAGUUUACGCUGCGUCUUCUGACGCCCCGCCGCCAAGAUGGAUCCAGGCCUCGCGGACCAGCAGGUCGAGAUCUUCACCAUCCUCGAGCGCGCAUGUUCGGGUCUCUCCCUCGUCGGGUGCGUGUUGGUCAUCUCGACCUUCUCGCUCUCCAAGGCCUUCCACAAGCCCAUCAACCGGCUGGUCUUCUACGCAACGUUCGGCAACCUCAUGACCAACGUAGCCACGUUGAUGGCUGGGUCCUUCAUCCACGACGUGAACUCGGCCGGCUGCCAGUUACAAGCCUUUCUCAUCCAGAUGUUCAUGCCUGCCGAUGCUUUCUGGACAUUAUCCAUGGCCGUGAACGUGUAUCUCACCUUCUACUUCAAGUUCGACGCCCAGAGGCUACGCAAGAUGGAGAUACCCUAUCUCCUGUGCUGCUACGGCAUCCCGUUCAUCGUGGCGUUGGUCUUGGUCUUUGUAUCGACUCCAGAGAAAGGGCGGAUGUACGGAAACGCCACGCUGUGGUGCUGGAUCGCUCCCGAUUGGGACGUGUUCCGCAUCGCCAUCUUCUACGGGCCGGUCUGGAUCGUGAUUCUGAUCACGUUCUUCAUCUACAUCCGCGCCGGCCGCGACAUUUACAAGAAGCGCAAGCAGCUGCGGGACUUCAGCACCAGCCACCACGAACCCGAAUCUCACCACCCUCCCAUGGACGACCCUUUCAGCUCAACCAAGACCACCGAGGUCUAUGUCACGACCGAAGUCAUCGACAAGAGCGGCGCCAUCGAUCUCGCCCCGCUGGGCGGCGGCGAGCGCCGCAAAUCGCAGGCAUCCUCACCGCAGAAACCGGCGGCCUACUCGGUCACCAUCUCGUCCAACCCGCACGGCGAGCCGCGCGGCGGCGACGCAGAGAACCAGCUCCACACGACCAUCACGGCCGGCUCGCAGACCGCCGGCGGCGGUGUGGGGCGGAGCCCGACCACCCACACGCACACGAACAAGGUCACGACGCUCAAGAGCGGCACGGGCGCGCAGCACGCUGGACCCGGCGGCGGCGGCGGCGGCGGCCCGUCGAACCAUCUCCGGCGGCGGGCGGCGUACGAGGCGAACGACGCGACGUGGAGCUACACCAAGUGCGCCAUCCUCUUCUUCACGGCCAUGCUGGUGACGUGGAUCCCGUCGAGCGCGAACCGGGUCUACUCGGUCAUCCACCCGGGCUCGGCCUCGCUGCCGCUCGAGUACAUGUCGUCCUUCGUGCUGCCGCUGCAGGGCUUCUGGAACUCCAUCAUCUACGUCGUCACCUCGUGGGGCGCCUGCAAGAUGGUCUGGCACGACAUCCGGUCGUGGUUCUCGCGCGUGACCGGCGGCGGCGGCGGCGGCGCCAGGCGCGGGCUGCCGGGCCACCACGCGCGCGACCGCGGCGCGGGCGGUGUCGGCGGUGUCGGCGGCAUCGGCGGCGGCAUGCACCGGUCGCCGUUCCAGAUGAUGGGCAACUCGCGCAACGGGUCCAAGGCCAGCGACUCCUCCAAGACGUACGAGACCGAGAGCACGGCCGAGCUCGCGGGCAGCCGGCCAGGGUCGAGCGACGUCCCGACGAUGGAUCACAAGCUGGACGUGUGAUGGGGAUGCAGGUGAUGGUAAUGGUGUUGCUGUCGUUACGGGUUCACACACACCCUUGGUGCCGGCCUUUUGGUCUCCUUUGCCGCUACCUACUACCUUACCUAAUUGGAUGGGCAGUGCCUUCUCUUUUCCCGAUUCCAUUUGUUGUUUACGCUUCUGAACUACUGUUUUUCAAACGGAGUCUAGCUUUUAACUUUGUUCUAAUACUUAACCCCUGGAUUACGUGGGCGGCGGGUGCUCGACGAACUGGACCAUACGGUUACGGGCGUUUUUUUUUUUCUUUUCGGUCAACGAUGGCAACGGAUAUACCCUCUCAUUUUUGCUAGCUUUCUCUACCUUCACAAUUGGGGCUGCGGUCGAACACUGUCGUGGUAUACCUUGCCUCCUCUCUCGGCGUUGAACGUUUUGCUGCCGCGAUUCCUUCAGGAUUGGUUGGACCCAGGAGCGAGGCAACCACGGAACCACGUCCCGUGGGAUGGGAUGAUGACUUCAAAUUAGAACCGGGAGCAGUUCUUGUUCUGUUCUCACCAAAUGGAUCGUGUCAGUGGUGUUAAUUUUGAAGGUGCUGCC